UUCGUUGAAGAAGAGUGGACGGGAAUGCUGCCUCCUACUGAAGCGGAGGCACUUGCUCUUCUCCGAAAGGGUGCUGAUGGAAGGAAAAUUUUCGUUGCGUGGUUCAUGGAGAAAGGAAAUGAUCCGAACGAAUCAAUGGAUGAAGAAUUGAGAUGGGUUUCCAUGGGUUUUGACCCUGCCGUCAUGACAUGCCAAAAGUAUGAUGUGAAUGGGUAUCACUUCCAUACAGAGGAGCACCAGAACAGUCGGCCUGAUCCCAAAACCAUAAAUACCGAAGUCUUCACUGAAGGAGAUAAUAAAGUAGAUUACUACGGAAGGGUAGGAAAAAUAUACGAGCUUACAUUCAAACGUGGCCGCAAACCCCUAAGUCUCACUAUGUUCAAAUGCCGAUGGUUCGACCCCAAAAAGGGUCUGAGACAUACGCCUUCUGUUGGUUUAGUUGAAGUUAAACCAUCAACCGUCUAUGCCGGAGCUGAUCUCUUUAUCGCUGCUACCCAGGCCACACAAGUAUAUUAUCUGCCUUACCCAUGCCAGAAAGAGUACCUAAAGGGUUGGGAAGUUGUGUUCAAGGUGUCGCCACAUGGUAAGCUACCGGACCCGAAUGAUGAUGAUUACUACAACAUAAACCCCAUGACAUACGAGGGAGUGUUCUUUCAAGAGGAACAUGAUGAUGUGGUCCGAAACAAUGAGGAUGAUGACUUGGGUUAUGUUGACCUGGACCCAAACAACGACGACGCACGGAUUGAUGGUGAGGCAGUUGUGAAUCAAAGAGACAUAAUUAUGCUUGAAAAGUUAAAUGAAGACGCUGACGAUGAGGAAGAGCCUCCACCUCCGUCAGACAACGAAGAAGAUAUGCGUGCUAGUGAUGAUGAGACCGGUCGACAAAUAGAUUACAAUAGUGAUGAUUCAUAUGGGUUCUCGAAAAUGUAAGUUCUUUUAAUGAUCAUUACAAUAGUAUGCUUAAUGUGCUCUUCUGUUAUUAAUUUUUUUCCUGUAUGCUUGUUUAUUUGAUAUCCUUACUAAUUGUUUAUUCUCUUCUCAAUGCAGGUUUGCUAAUCAUGGGCAAGUCCAGCGGUGACAGUUUCCUCAGUGUAAAUUCAAAGGACUUACUCGAGUGGACGAGCCCACAAGGUUCCCUCCCGACUACGCGAGGAUGACACCUCACAAGGAGGUGGA